CAGGCCCCUAAUUUCAACACAUCCGAGCGAGGUCAAUUCAGCGCCUAUUUUCCAGCACUCUCAGCACCUCUAAAACUGUCAAGCUUCUUGUCUGGACGUCAGGUCGAGUUAGUACGCCUCUCCAACUGGCACUAAAGUGGAUCAACAAGCCGUAGGUGAAAAUCAAAGUCGCUAGAAAUGUCUCUAGGCGCUUUGACAUCGACCUUUACUCCGCCAGCCUCCUGUAUCUCCUCCUUUGCCAAUGUUUACCUUAUAAACCCACCCAUCAUAGGCAAUUUUUAUCAUGCUGCUGGACCUGUCAGCACCGAUAGAUGUUUCCCAAGCAACUACGGAGAUGCGCGAACCGAUUAUUACUCCCCAGGAAUCUGCCCUGCCGGAUACACGUCUGCUUGCACAUCACUUAACGCAGCAGGAGCUGUCACGGAAACUGUAGUGACGUGCUGCCCAACGUCCUUUUUUUGUAACUACCAGACUCCCAUGACCUGGGAGACUACAAUGGGGUGCAAUUCGCCGUUCAAUGCUAUCUUCACGGUAAUGACUGUCAUCUCCGACGGAGUAACUGCCAACCCGUCAACCACUACGAGUACCUGGGGUGCAGGGGCGUUGAAUGCAUACAGCGUCCAGGUCCGGUUCCAAUCAACUGAUUUCCAGAGUACGACAUUCACAUCAAUAUCCACAGCACCCAGUACCUCAUCAGCCUCCAAGCCCGCCGCGAGUAAUAAUGGAGGAGGGCUCAAACCCGGGGCAGCAGCAGGUAUUGGCGUGGGGGCCACUAUCGGGUUUCUCGCUGUAGUUGGGCUCGCUAUUAUCAUUGGUCGUUGGAGCGCGAGACCAAGGAAGGGGACGAAUAACGAGCACCCGGUCCUCCCAAUCGGCUACAGAGGGGACUGGGGGACAAACAGCCCGCUGAGCUGGGACCAACACGGACGCUAAGGUGAUGUCGGAGCCCCUACACAUUCAAAUGCGAGAUUCACCAGGCGGAUUGGAUUCGGGGGUGCAUAUGCCGGUGUCGUAAUCUUCCAGUGGGCUGUAUUCAUGUAACGUUCACUAUUGAAGGCGGCUAUCUCGUUAUAAUUGUUUUCACAACUCCGGAUCGGCCAAGUCAUUCUUCGCAUAUAUCGUCUCUGGUAUGGACAAUUUUCUUGGAAUGAGGGCUCGGAGCAUAGAUCAAUGCGAUCGGCGGCUUCCAGGAUAGAGCGGGCUCAGACUCAGUAUGGUUCGGGAAAAUGAAGAAAAUCUGGGAAUCAUUUCUACCUGCUAUAUAUUCAUUUCCAGUACCAUAAUUAAUCACAUCUCUAAGAUAGACUUUAGCACUUCCGCUGAUGUUUUGGCCUUGAAGACGGUUCAAUAUUGCCCUGCC